UUUACAGAAUGUUUUUACCUAGGUAUGUAUACAAUAUUACUGCAAAAACGUAACAGAGAAGCGCAAAGCGUAGCAAAGUGCCUCGACGUAUAUCAAUUGGUAAGGCGGCAAGCUCUCACGUCUUAUUCUUCGGAUAGGAUCAAUUAGCAGACUUGAUCAAGAGGACGCUGGAGCUGAACGCACCGUCAAACAAUGACGACUUCCUCGCUAUGGCUAUCUCCAAGUACGCAGCAGCAGCGGCGCAUAGCUUUGGCAGAUUAUCCACCUCCCGUAUAUCUCAGUUUUUCGAACAGCAUGGACCUGCUACAAGCGAAGACUGCGAUCGCCUCGCCGCUGACAUUUUGAGCUGUCCCCUUCUCUGCCCACCACAUCGAUGUAAUACGUCUUACACCUGCUGUAGAAUAUCUCUGUCUUUAAACCACUGCAUGAUGUUCCAUUUUUCUAAACUCUUGAGCAGUGUAAACUGAUUCUGCGCCAGGCUACUUCUUUGCUUGCCUCGCAUAGACAUUUGAGGGUUGUAAUCAUCGUUCUACUUCUGGAUCAUUGAAGUUCGACGAGAACUCUGCUUCGACUUUGCCAAUAUAGCGACCGACACAGACUCUGAAUUGGUUAGUUUCAGUGGCACUUAUAGCAGCGCUACUGCGAUAUAGGUACCUCUCGGUGUUCUCGGCUGCCGGCGGCCCGCUAUGAGUAGACAAACCACCAGCUGACAGUUGAGUUAUUAAUUAUUUGUAAUUUUC